GUAAACAGAGAGAAGAUGCAGUGCAUGUCUCUUUCUAACAACUUUCCACAAAGUGAUAGAAAAAAUGAAGUUUCUCAGCAACAUCUCGCAGGCACUCUCACUUUGCCAAGAUUCCAUCCACCACCAAUUUUCUUCCUUCUUCUUCCUCCAGCUCCAGGCAUUCACUUUCCUCACUCCACAAGCAAAGCUCCUUCUCCCACCAGCAUGGAGCUCGCCAUGGGUGCCAUAGGCAGCGUGCUCCCAAGGCUAGCUGAGCUUCUCAAGGAGGAGUACAAGCUACAGAAGGGCGUCAAGAACGACGUCGAGUCCCUCUCCCGGGAGCUCGCAGCGAUGCACAUCGCCCUCGAGAGAGUUGCCAAGGUUCCAAGGGAGAUGGUAGAGCUCGAUGUCAAGCUCUGGGCCUCUAAUGUCAGGGAGCUAUCAUAUGCCAUCGAGGAUGCCAUCGACGCCUUUGUCGUGCGUGUCGCAGAGGGCAGCAACCUUGUCGAUCCUAUCAACCAGGGAUUCUUCAAGAGGAUCCUUCGCAAGACGAGUGAUCUGAUCAGGAAAGGGAAAGCUCGCCGUGAGAUCGCCGAAGGGAUCUGUGACAUCAAGGAGCUUGCAGAUGAGGUGGCAGAGCUGCGAGCAAGGUACAAGUUCGAUGCAGCAGCUGCUGCAACGACUCCGGCUACGGCCACCGUGGAUCCCCGGAUCCUUGCUCUUUACAAGGAUAUCACAGAGCUUGUUGGCAUCGAAGAGGCCAGAGAUGAGCUGAUCGGCAUGUUGUCUAGGCCUGCAGACGACGACCAACUGAAUAUCGUGUCCGUUGUUGGAUUUGGAGGAUUGGGCAAGACGACUCUUGCUAAGGUUGUGUAUGACAAGCUCAGAGGCCAAUUCGACUGCGCGGCUUUUGUUUCGGUGGGUCAAAAUCCUGACUUGAAGAAAGUUUUGACGGACAUGAUAUAUGACCUUGAUAGGCAGCGGUAUAUUAGCAUUCAUAACUCAAGGAUGGAUGAACGCCUCCUUAUUAAUGAACUUCGAGAUUUUGUUCAGAACAAAAGGUACAUCAUCAUAAUUGAUGAUAUAUGGGAUGAAAAACUGUGGGAAUAUAUCAAGUGUGCUUUCUACAGAAACAAGCUUUGCAGUCGAAUAAUAACCACGACACGCAAAGUUACAGUUUCUAAAGCAUGUUGCUCUCAUGAUGAUGCAAUUUAUAGGAUGAAGCCUCUUUCUGAUGAUGCCUCCAAAAGGCUAUUCUACAAAAGGAUAUUUAAGCAUGAUAAUGGGUGUCCUCCAGAACUGGAACAAGUAUCAAUAGGUAUAUUGAAGAAAUGUGCUGGGAUGCCGUUAGCCAUUAUAACUAUAGCUAGUCUCUUAGCCAACAAGCAGGUACAAACAAGGGAUCAAUGGCAUGAUGUGUUUAAUUCUAUUGGUCGCGGACUUACCGAAGAGCCCAAGGUUGAGGACAUGACAAAGAUAUUGUCUUUUAGCUAUUAUGAUCUACCGUGUCACCUCAAGACAUGUUUACUGUAUCUAAGUAUAUUUCCAGAAGAUUUUAUAAUUAGUAGAGACCAUUUGGUACGGAUGUGGAUAGCCGAAGGUGUUGUCCAAAAAACAACAAAUCAAAAGGACGAUGUGCUGGUUGAGCUAGGAGAGAAUUAUUUCUAUGAGCUCAUAAAUAGAAGCAUGAUUCAACCUUGGGAUGAAAAUGACUUUAUGUAUUACAAAGAUGGGUAUGACAACGCAAUAAUAUCUUGUCGAGUGCAUGACAUGGUGCUUGACCUCAUCCUUUCCCUCUCAAAUGAGGAGAAUUUUGUUACCAUAUUGGAUCAGGAGCGAGGCGCAUCUUCACUCAGUAAAGCUCACCGGAUAUCCCUCCGAGAUUGCAAUGUAGUGCACACUAUACCAGAGGCUACUGUGCCAAAAGUAAGGUUCCUCUCUCUUCUUCGCGCAGAUGUUCAUAUGACGCCGGCAAUUACAAUCUUUCCAAUUUUACGUGUGUUGGAUUUAUAUAAUUGUCAUUUUGAGGAGAGCUACCACCUUAAGCAUCUUGGGAACUUAUUUCACCUAAGGUACCUGAGACUACACUGUGGAUGUAUCACUAAGCUCCCAAAUGAGAUAGGAAAUCUUCAGUUUUUGCAGACUCUAGACGUGCAUAGAAGUCGUAGUAUAAAAGAACUGCCACCGGCUAUUUAUCAGCUAAGAAGAUUGAUGUUCCUAUAUUUUCCUGAAAAUAUAUCACUGUCAGACAGGAUUGGUGAAUUGACAUCACUGCUGGAGUUGUCCCCGGUAGAUGUUUUUCGAAGAACAUCCUCUAUUGAUGUUAAUGGUGACUCCUUCAGCUUGCUAAAAGCAUUGGGUAACCUGACAGAACUAAGAGAUCUUACAAUUCAGGUGUGGUCGUCUGAGGUCUCGAGCAUCGGGAGAAUUCUCGGUGAGGUAUUGUGCAAUCUACACAAACUCCGCCGUCUAAUUCUGCGGGGAGUACAUGGAAUCGUCCAUUUGGAUUCCCUACCAGAGUUCUUGGACCUUCCCCAACACAUUCAUGUACUUGGGAUAAAACCCAUGUAUUUCUUCACUGUACUACCUGUGUGGUUCAAUUUCCCGAUAGAUCUCCCAUACCUUUCCUUUCUGGACUUGUCCAUCUGCGACAUGCGUCAGGAGCAUGUCGAGAAACUUGGGAGGUUGCCGGCUCUUCAGGUUCUUUGGAUACAGAUCAACAGAGAAAGUGAAUGGCUUGUGAUUGGCGCUGGUGCAUUCCCAUCUCUGACAGACUGCACAUUCAUUCAAUAUUGUGGGCUGGUGUUCCAACCAGGAGCAAUGCCAAAGGUUAGAAAACUGGAGUUCAACAUCAACGUGGUAGAUUCUGAGGAUAUCAAUUUUGAUGUUGGCUUGGGGAACCUGGCUUCGAUCGAGGAAGUCACCAUUGAUCUGUUGUGUGAGGAUGCUGUAGAAUGGGAGGUGGAGGAGGUUGAGAAUGUGCUGAGGCACGUAGCCGACAUCCAUCCCAAGCAUCCAACCCUUGAAAUGCGCAGAUCGGAUGAAGAUAAAAUGGUCUUGGAUGAUGAAGAGGAGCAACAGUCAGAGGAUCCUAUGGAAGACUCCGACAUGGAAGAAAACAGGGCACCAGACAGCAUGGCCAGUGAAAGUUCUUGAAUCAUUCACGUUUACAACUUGAAUGAGAGGGGAUCCAAAAUCAAGCAGAACAUGAAAGAUGUACAGUUCAGACAAACUUGUGUUGAGUUCAUCUUUCUAUCUACUCAGUGCUCACCUUUACAUCUUUUUUUUUCUUUGUUAUGAUGGGGCUGUGCAAAAGGUGUGUACAUAGUACUCUCAGAUCAUCAUAUGCAUGUUGUAUUUUGCAAUGGACCACAUGUUGAUCGAAUGUUAGAUUGGGUUAUUUUGUCUGACAGAACUCCGCAAAAAUAUCAGUACGGAAUCGAGUAUACCUAGUUCCAGACAACCUCUGAACAUUCAGCAGUGAGCAAUAAAACAUUUCCCAAAUUCAUUUGCA